AUGGCUUCUCCGGUGCUGCUUCCCGCAGAUGAGAGAGGCAAACAGCCCGAUUCUCCCGACGCCCUUGACCGGGUAUCUAGCACGCCGCACGUCCGCAAGACGGGCGGAUCAACAGGAGGAGCGCUCCCGGGGGAGGGCGCCUGUAACCCGGCCCGCGGCGGCUGCCAUGGCCGGUGUCAUUCAGCACCAAGGACGGCGCCGCGCAGGGGAGGCGCAGAGGUGAAACUCGCUCACCUCGGCGAGGAGAAAGUCCGGAUUUGUUGCGAUGAGGAAUUAGAGACAUCUUUCACCUAUAUUGACGAGAAUGUUAACCUGCGACUGGCCAGCCCGGACAUUAGUUGUAAAAGUACUCACAGACCCGUGCGCAACGGCGAACCUUGCUCCGAGACUUUGCCGGAGCUCUCCUUCAUGUCCGAGGACGAUCUCUCCUUCUUGGAGGGCCCCGGGACUUCUAUAGACUACGGCUUUAUCAGUGCAGUCACGUUCUUGGUGACCGGGAUCUCCUUGGUGAUCAUCUCCUACGCCGUGCCACGGGAGGUGGAGGUGGACCGUGACAGCGUGUCGGCGAGGGAGAUGGAGAGGCUGGAGAUGGAGAGCGCCCGGAUAGGUGCCCACCUGGAUCGGUGCGUCAUAGCGGGACUGUGUCUACUCACGCUGGGCGGCGUGGUGCUCUCCACGCUGCUGAUGAUCUCCAUGUGGAAGGGGGAGAUGUACAGGAGGAAAGUCAUCGCUUAUUCCAAGCGUUCAGCCAAACAGUACGGCUCCAUCAGCCUGAAAACGAGAUCCAGUCCCAGCCACUCCUCUGCGCACUUGUCCCUGGAGGAGGAAAUAGAGGAGACUUUGGCUUAA